AUGGCACAUGAUACGACUCCUUGCAGCCUUGAUAUUCUCUCACUAACCAGCUAUACCGAGCUCAUUCUCACUCUGCCUCAACGCCAUAUCGUGCUUGCCCUUCACGGCAGCAUGGCUCUUGGUGUUUGCUGGUGUGUGCCGCAGUACUACAUGGAUGGCAUGGGCAACUCGUAUAACUGCGACUAUACCCUAUUUGAUGCUUUUUAUUCUCCUCGUACGAGGUCUUUCACUGCCGGGAGCCAGCGUUGGCCUGACGUUUUUGUUCUCAUCGGCAUUUGGCAGUAUUUCAUCACUGGAUGCCCUCCUAAUAACUCACUACAGAUGUGGGCAGCGGCUGCCGAACAGGUCUUGUUCGAAAUGGGUGUUGGCACUGGUGCACUGUUCUCCAUAGCUGCUUACAGUCGCUUUCGGAAUAACGUAUACCGUGAUGCUGCACUUCUAGUUACAAUGAAUGUCCUCACAUCAGUACUGGUUGGUAUGGUUUUGUUCUCAUUUUUGGGACUUCUAUCAAUAUCAUCUGGUAAAGAGAUCUCUACCCUCACAAGUCAUGAUCCGUUCUAUAUGGUCUUCACGGUGAUCCCCAGUAUGACAAAAUUGAUGCGAUGGGGUCCCUUAUGGAUGAGCAUUCUGUUUGCUACAAUCGUUUUCACAGGUGGUGGUUUCUUCCUGUUUCAUUCAAUGGACAACCUUAUUGCUAAGCUACCAACAUUAAUUUUAUCAUUUCUGGUACUGAUUUCCAUUUGUUAUUUAUAUUUGGUUCUCAUGAUCACCCAUGCGAUCAAGCACGAGCUUCCAUUGUUCUUCGGAAGUCAUGUACCCAUAGGAAGCGAGUACGUGGCGUGGACUCUGGUCAACGCACCUAUUUGUGCCGUGUUGAUCGGAGCCGUCAUUGCUACAGUGAAGAUCAGACAAAGCGGCAAGGGUACUUAUUUUGCAUUUUAUAAUGAAUCCCUAUCUUCCAGACUAUCUCAUCACUAUUCGACGGCUCCGCUUGGCAUCAAGAAUACACUACGGCACAGUUCAUUGACUCGCCUCCUCCCACACCUUCUAACAAAACUCCACCCAGACGCGAAAACACCUACAUGUACAUCGAUCCGGCAUCUCGAGGUCCCACAGUUCGUUCAAGUUUCCAGCCAAUCGCUGACAGCUAUGGCUGGCGAAGUGGUCGACUACGAGACUGGCAGGAAACCAUAUCGAUUGAUCCGUCCGCCUCACAAAAAGUCAUUUCCCACCUCACUGACAUCACAAGGAACACUGAAUCUGUUCGGGUCACCACCCGUAUCCAACGGAUUCAUGAUCUCGGACGCUACCACGAUACGCACCCCCAUGACUAAUAGGAAAGAUGGGAACCAAGAGAAGCGAGAUCCGCCAUCACCACCUCCUCCAAUGCAUGAGGUCCGUCUGGAGACACUUCCGCGGAAAUUCGCCAAAUCGGAGCCGCCGUUGAAGAUCAGCUCAGGUUCGGAUCUUGUCGUUCCUCCUUCUCCACCAGCACCGCGAGUGUCACCCUCGCGCUCGGAGCCCCCAGGACUAUCCACCGAUCGUCCAUCCUCAUCGAUUCGAAGCAAGAGCGAGACCAACGAUGAACUUUCAGAUAGCGAUGAAGACAGUGGUUGGUGCACAGUUUAUAGGAUGAAUUCAGCGAUCUCUAGAGUAUUGGUACCUUCACCAGUCACUUCCACAAAGGAAUCCGAAUAG